AUGUUUCUGCUUAAGCCGCCAUCCUCGUCCCCUGUUGCGCCCAAUACUUCCUGUCGUCGUCUAUGCGUGGGUCUUGUUGCUUGUGAGUGGAAGUACGUGGCUGAGGGCGGUGCCAACGUGCUAUUUCGCCACCGACCGGCGGGAGAGGCGGCGUCUAGCGCUGUCGCACUGGAUUUUAAAGGCAAAUUGCUGCGUGUGAAGAAGUGCGAUGUUGUGGAUAAGCGCAGCAAUGAAGCACAGUCGAAAACAAGUAAUAGUAGUGUCUCUACCCCUGAGAAGCCAUACGUACCGCAUUACCCUCACCCGGGGCAGGUGCUGCAUUAUGCGGCGCACGAAAUUAUGCCUUACAUGGAACAACAGCUACAUAGUAACCACAAGGUCGCACCAUCCGGUCGUCGGGAGAAUACCUAUUUGCAGGUAGCAGAACUGGUGGAUGUCGAACGUGGAUUUUUGCAGGCACUAAACAUACAACUACUAACUCUUGAAAGUCGCCCAGAGCAUCGACGACAGAGCCAAAUCGACGUUUCAUUGCAGUGCGUCAUGGUAUUACCUGAUGUGACGUUGCCACCACCAGACGAACUUAGCACUUUUAGUCUAAUUCAGUCAAGUAGGAGCUUGUUAGAAGACAACACCGAAGCAAAUGACAAUGAUGACGAAGAAGAACAGGAGUCAAUUCUAAAUCUCCAGAAAUCGAUAGGUGAUCUGCUGGCGGACACCAAAGCACAGAGUAUAUACGAAUUUGAUUUAGGCGAAUCAGAUCAUUUUGAAGCAAAUAUCAAACCUGAUGUUGUGUGCAGUAGCACAAGCGUCAGCAGUGCAUCAGACAAGGACGAAGAUGAUGAUUGUGAAUUAAAAGAGACAUUGACUACAAUUUCGCAUCCCCGAAGGCAUUUAUAUGCUCAUAACAGCUCAGAACAUAGUUCGCUACGAUCAGGCAACGUCUUUGACUGCUGCUUUCGCAAUAUUUGCGUGGAAUUGAAGCCGAAGAUUGGAUUCAAACCAAAGGGUCCAUUGACAUGCCCCACUAAAACUCGUGUGUGCCGCUUCUGUAUGCAUCAACACUACAAAAAACACACUGGCAAGGUGGAGGAAAUAAGUCAAUACUGUCCUUUAGAUUUGUUUUCGCAAGACCCAGCGAGAAAACGACGAGCGCUCAGGGCGUUGCAACGAACACCGCAGAAUAACUUCAAGGUAUUUGUACGCUCUGCAGAAGAUGAGGUGGUUAAUGUCAUCACAGGGUUGAAUGCAGAUGCUUUGCCGAAAGGGGCAGCUCAGUCGCGGUAUUCUUACUGUCGACGAAAGCAAAUGGGAUUGCGUCAUUCAUGCCAGUCUCUAGACGCUGAAUUCGAAAUUUCGUUUGAUGACAAUAAAGAACAUGAUCAUGAGCGAGAAUACGCACAAUUGAUGCCCGAAGUCGUUGCUUUAAUUACACAAGUGUUGCAAGAGUUAGACAUUCUUGAGGAUCUUAAACAGAUGCAAUUGUUGGAUCACAUCUCGGUCGAUGGUAUAUGGCAUCUUCAAGUGUUACUGAAUAUGCUUGAGAAAGAGGAUAAGACGAUUCAAUGUCAAGAAGUAAAGACGUUAAGUGAGCUUGUCGCAACGAUUAAACAUCGCUCUAAGUCUUCAGCUGAUGAUUCUGUUGACCAGAAAGGAAGUCUUGCCCGAGGAUUGGCUUAUCUUCGCAUUGCUCUAAACCAAUUGCCGGAGUUGAAGGAAUUGCAAGGAAUAGAAUCAUGGGAAACGAUGCGUUUAAAUCAGUUUCGUAAUUUAUACACUGAACUAGAGAAGAGGUUUCAAGUGGCGACUACAUUAAAAGACUGCUCGUUGUUGUUGUGUUUGCGACGCUCACCUCGCGACGACGUCGAUCAACAGGAUGGGGUACAGGGCAAGAUACUAAAGCCACGUUUUCAACACCUUGCCGAGUUUGAGCACCACGUGCGUUUUCGUGAGAUGGUGUUUGAUUGUGUGGUAGCAAUCGUUGAUCUGGACGUUAAGUCGCACAAGUCAGUUGAGGACUAUUAUCGACUGGAUGAGAAGAUAACGACGAACUUUCAACGCGCGUUCGGUAGUCUUGGCGUCGCACAAAUGCUCUGUCACGAAAGUUGA